AUGAUCUUUAGUAGUUCUUGUGGAGGUCAAAGGUUGACUUCUGGUCAUUUGCUGACUGCGAAGGUCGGGACCCUGACUGUGGAUUCUCGGACCAUUGGUGCCGAUGAAUUGUUUAACGGAUAUUUUACGGAUGUGAGCUCCUGCAGGCACUCAGGUGUCCCUUUACGAUACGGUGAGAAGAUAUCGGACCCAGAGAACUGUUCCACUUUACUCUGUAGUACGUCUGCAGUUCUCAGUUCUGUCAGUUCAUGUGAACCCGGAGACGUUUGCCUCGGCAACAACACGUGUAAACCCCCCCCCUCUGUGUGCACUGUGACUGGCUCCACCCUCAUCGACUUCCACGGCGAGGUCCACUCGGUGGAGGAUCGCUGUGAAUACGCUCUGAUGAAGCCUCAAGAAGGACCUGGUGUGCAACUCAUCGGCGGGUUCCGUGAGCGACGCCGUACAGAUGUGUCCUUCUUGGACUACUUGACAAUAGGUCAGACAGCUGGAGACAUUCACCUGGAACAAGGUGGAAGAGUCCGGGUCGGUGACCAGAUCCUGGAUCUCAACACCACGGCUCAGCUGGUCCACGGCGUGGAGCUCUCCAAGGACCAGACUGGAGUGACCGCCAAGCUGCCCUCCUCCAAGAUGACGGUCGUGUUUGAUGGCAACACGGCACACGUGUCAGGACCAAAGGUCUCCUUAGAGGGUUUGUGUGGUAACCCCACUGAUGAAAGCUGGACCACCACCUUGGAUGCUGAACGGAUCUCCUCGGCUGGCUGCGACACUCUGCACACCGACACCACCGACAGUUCCAUCACCUGCAGCCGCUCAGCUGACCGCUGUGAGCUCCUGAAUCAGCCCCCCUUCGAUGCUUGUCACCAACACGUGGACACGGACUCCUACGUGGCCGCCUGCAACAACUCUUUGUGCAACUACCCGGCGGUGGACGGUCUCGACUGCCAGUUUCUGGAGGCCUACGCCGAGUCCUGCAGCCUGAGAGACAUCCCACUGGGCGACUGGAGGUCAACGGUCCAAUGCCCUGCUGUCCCUCGGCCCUCCUGUCUGGACCAGUACUGCAGUGAGCACGAGUUCUGUGGAGAGCGCCUCGGUGAAGCCAGCUGCUUCUGUCGCGCCUUGUUUGCCUCCAAGUUCAACCCGACCAACGCUUUAGGCGAGCCGACAGUCUGCACGCAGAACUCUGCCACUGUGACUCUGGCCGGAUGUCUGCUGCAGGACCGAGGCAUCGACUCCUCCGCCCUCCACCUCAUUGACCCCGACUGCAAAGGUCACGUGGACCAACGCACCCACAUGGUGGAGUUCAGCUUCGACAGCAGCGACACCUGUGGGGCGGAGGUUUCGAUGAACAACAGCCAAAUCCUCUACAAGAACACCAUCACGACGGGGAACGGCUCUCAGAACGGCGUCAUCACCCGCCAAGACCAAGUCCAGAUCGACUUCUCCUGCUUCUACGCAAAGCCAGACGUCCAGAGCCUGUCCUUCAGGAUCAAAGACAGCUCUGUGGUACUGCAGAUCGUAUCCGGAGCUUGGAACUACACUCUGACGAUGGCCGCCUACACCGACGGCGGACUCCAGAACCGCGUGGAGUCGAGCACCGAGAUCCAGCUGAACCAGAAGGUGUGGCUGCAGCUGAAGACGGAGGGGCUGGACGGCGACCUGGUCGCCAUAGUGACCGACUCCUGCUGGGCCACCACCCAGCCGUCCACCGACAGCAGCCCGCGAUACGACCUCGUCAUCGCCGGAUGCCCCAACAAGGCCGACCAGACGGUGAUGGUGGAGGGAAACGGACUGGGAACCUCCAACGUCUUCUCUUUCAACGCGUUCGAGUUCUCUGGAGAAACAUCUGCAAUCUACCUGCACUGCAAAGUGGAGCUGUGCCCCAAAGAGGGCAAAAGCUGUGCUCCGACCUGCCCUGGAAGCAGUAAGAGGAGGCGCAGAUCCUCCAGGUCCAAGACUGCAGAGGGAAACCCAGCCCUCAUCACUAUGGCCUGGAGUAAUUAAAGACCGCUCCCCUUCUGACCUUUGACCUGCUGAUUCCUCAUUGAAGCUCCAACAACCAGCCUCGAACCUCACGACUCUUCAACAGAUGUUUGGAGAUGUUGCUGCUGUGAAACAAUGCUGGCAGGUCUUCAUUUGGUCACCUGGGAUGAAGCAUUUAUUACUUCUUUAUAUAUCCAAUGAUUCUUGCUAAUUAUUCUGAGAUUUAGAAAUGUAUCAUAAUCUCUAGGGAAAUAAAUGAUAGAAAAUAGAAUGAAAAACUAAUCAAAGCGGGUUUUAAGGGUCUGGUACUUUAAAUGUAUAUUGAAUCACUUCUUUAAACGUGCAAAGUCUGAAUGAUACCUGAUGGAAGCAGCAACAAUUUGCAGAACAAGUGGAAGCAAAAUACUGAUGUGAAUGUGAAGUUACUCUGAAUUUUUCAGUGUCCGUGCAAACUGUGACUGUCCUUACACGAAGACACGCUGUUGUACUAUUAUAUUACUACUAUGAGCAAAAGGAAACAUAAAAAAUAUAAUAAAGGGAGUGGGAAAACCAACAUGUGUCAAUGAUUAUUUAAUCUUUUGUUCUUAAACUUUGUUGCCUCUAAAUCCAAAGUUAUCAAUGUAAAUAUUACAUUGGAAGCAUUGGUAACAUCCAGAUGGUUAGAACUGUGUAGCUGAAACCAGUCAGCCAUAAUGUGCAUUAUCCAUCCAUCCAUCCAUCCAUCAUCAAACCGCUUAUCCUGCACACAGGGUGGGGGUGGGGGGGCGCUGGAGUCCAUCCCCGCCAACUUCGGGCGAUAUAAUGUGCAUCAUACAACAUUUAAUUAUGGAAUUGUUGUAAUUCGUUUAGUUUGGACUGAUGUUCCCUGAUCAAAAGUUUCACUAUGAAUGAACCCACUUUUAUUAAAGUGAAUCCAAAAAGUCCCUUGGAGUUUGUGAAGGAAUAGCAAUGAAUAUUCAAAUCAAAGCAUUUUAUUCCCAAUAAAAUCAUAUCAUGUGACAUGUUAUAAUUGAUGCUCUUUAAUAAUGUGAUGGAGGAUUGAAUAAAUCUUCCAUCAAACUAUUAAAUAUCCAUUGACCAGGUGGAAGUGAUAUGGUUACACUACACAUAAAGAUACUUCCGAGAUGGGCCAUGGCGCUGUAAUGACGUCACUAUUUAGCUCAGGUUGACGGGCGUCACUGAUGACGCGUCCAAGAUGGCCGACAAGCACCUGAGCUGUAACUUCCGCUGCCCGACUGUUCCUGAAGCUGCUCCGUAAAGACGAAUAGAGAACAGAGUUAGAUGACCGAAGUGAGACUGACUGAAAAUGUUGGAGGAGCAGCUGGAGAAUGACAAGGCUCAAGACAAGCGGAGGAUGGAGGACAAAAUUAACAAGAACUGCUGAAUGAUCAGAGACGCUUGAAGGUCCUGGAUGAGACGAGAACGGGAGCACGGAGCAAAACAUUUGGUGAGUGUCAACUAAAUUCUUACUAGUAGCUGUUAAAGUGGUAGCAGAAACAUUUUAAUGAAUGUGUAAGUUGGAGUUCUUGUAUUUUUGUGAUAGUGUAGCAAAAAAAGUUAAGUAUAGUGUGACAUAAAGAAAACAUAUUAAAUUAUCUAAUAAAACUUUUUUUAGAAACGUUACAAUAUGGUAUUUCAUUAAAAAAAGAUUGAUGACGAUGAUAUAUAUACAUAUAUAUAUAUAUAUAUAUGAGUAAUCAGGAUUAGAAAUAAUAUAGUAUGUCACAAAAGUUAUUAAAAUGGACACAUUUUUGAAUACGUCAUGGAAAAACAAAUUGCAUUUUGUGCUAAUUAAAUUAAUUGAAGAGUAUGUCUCAAGUAAAAAAAAACAACAACUUGUACUUAAUGUAGUAUUCAUUCAAGAGUGUGAAUUUGAUGCAUUUUCUAGUGUUGUGCUUCUCUUGAGGGCGCAGUUUCCAGCCGUGAGGACGACGGGUUUCUUCCUCUGCGGUUACUCUGACAGUGGCGGUGGUUUGACUUUUUUUUAAUGUUCUAUGCAGCUGAAUUUGAAUAAAGAAAAAUUUUAUAUAA